AUGCCACCUGUGACCCUCAUCCCAAAGAAGACAGAGGCAGUCGAACUCAAGGACUUCAGACCCAUUAGCUUGAUAGGUGGUGUCUACAAAAUAAUAGCUAAGAUUUUGGCAGAAGGGUUGAAGACUAUGAUUAACAAGCUGGUUAACAAACAUCAAAUGGCCUUCAUAAAAGGUAGACAGAUCAUGGUUGUUGCCCUUAUAGCUAGUGAAUGUGUGGAUACGAGAAUUAGAUGGAAGAUAGGCUUCGGUGAAAGAUGGUUGAAAUGGAUGGGAGCUUGUGUUAAAACUGUUAGGUUCUUUGUUUUGAUUAGUGGAGAACCUGCUGGUUUUUUUCCUUCCGAGAGAGGACUCAAACAAGGAGAUACUUUAUCCCCCUUCCUAUUUAUUUUAGUCACGGAAGGUUUUGAUAGCAUGAUGAGAGUGGCCAUUCAGAAUUCUUUGUUGAAGGGAUUUGUAAUCGUGGAGGAAAGAUUGGACAAGCAUCGAAGAGACUUUUUAUGGUUAGGUAAUAAAGGCAAAGGUACACAUUUGGUAAAGUGGCAAAUUGCUCAGUUGAGCAAAAGUAACGGAGAUCUUGGCAUAAGAAAUUUGAGGUUGCAAAAUAAUUGUCUGUUAACCAAGUGGUUGUGGAGAUUUGGAAAUGAGGAGCAAGCUCUUUGGAGAGAAGUGAUUGUCAGCAAAUAUGGUCAGAAUGAGCAGUGGUGCUCAAAUCCAGUCAACACUACCCACGGGGUUUCAGUUUGGAGAACAAUUAGGAGUUUGUGGAGUCAGUUGGUCAAGGAUAUCACUUUCAAAGUAGGCACCGGAACCAGAAUUAUGUUUUGGAAAGAACUAUGGAUUGGUCAGGAACCUCUAAUGGCUUCCUAUCCUGAUCUGUUCAUUUUUAGUACCAAUCCAGAUGCAAUGGUUAACGAAAUAUGGUGA